AUGGCAAACGAAGAGAAUCAUCAUAAUAAUAUAGUCGACAACAUUAAUAGUAAUAGUAAUAGUAAUAAUAGUAAUAGUAGUAGUAGUAGUAGUAACAAUAGUAAUAGCACCAAUGGCAACACAUUAUAUCAACCAAAGAGUAUACUGAUCACAGGUGGUGCAGGAUUUAUAGGAUCACAUCUAGCUGUACAUCUAUCACGAUUGUAUAGCACAUAUCACCUAGUCGUGCUGGAUAAGCUCGACUACUGUUCAAACAUACGUAAUCUGAGUCAGGUCUCAAGUCACAAGUUCUACAGAGGAAACAUAUUGGACGCUGCAUUAUUAGAUCGUAUAUUCACAUCAGAGGCCAUCGACACUGUUAUACACCUGGCCGCUCAUACUCAUGUUGACAACUCAUUUCACAACUCAAUCAUAUUCACUGAGAACAAUGUACUGGGGACGCACUAUCUGUUGGAGUGCGCUCGAAGACAUUCUAUUCAACGCUUCAUCUAUGUGAGCACGGACGAGGUAUAUGGCUCACCUGAACAUCAACUUCGCAAGGGUUCAGUGGAGAACAAGAGCAUGCUGUUGCCAACCAAUCCCUAUGCAGCGAGCAAGGCGGCAGCCGAGCAUCUAGUUCAAUCAUACUACAAAUCAUUUAACCUCCCAUCAAUCAUCACCCGUGGCAACAACGUCUACGGGCCGCAUCAAUACCCUGAGAAGAUCAUUCCAAAGUUCAUCAACCUUCUGUUAGCCGGUGAACAAUGUACAAUACACGGUAAUGGACAGAACAUGCGAAGCUUCUUACAUGUGGACGACGUAGUUAGAGCAUUCGAUGUGGUACUGCACAAGGGAAGGGUGGGCGAGACGUACAACAUUGGCACAGAGUUUGAGAUAUCCAACAUCGACGUGGCCAAGACUCUGGUCGAGCUGAUCACUGCUGGCGACACAUCCCAACAACAACUACACAAAUACUUGUCGUUUGUGCCCGACCGUCCAUUCAACGAUCAGAGCUACUUCCUCAACAGCAACAAGGUCAGACAGCUGGGGUGGUGUCAGCAGGUGGCCUGGCGCGAAGGUCUUCAGCGAACAGUCCAGUGGUACAAAGACAACGAGCACUAUUGGGAUCAAGCCAGCGAUGACAACGACAGAGAAUCGCAACAACGAGUUUGA